AUGAGGACAAGCGAAAAAAAAAGGAAGAGUUCGGCUCUGGUUCCCUCCGCCCACUUUGGAGCCGGCAUUUGAGGUAGCGGCGGCAACAGCAGCGACCGCAGCACCAGCGCUAACAGCGGCCACCUCCGCAGAGAGACAGCGAGGGAAAGGAGAAAAAGAAGUGCGCGCGAGACGCUUUUAGAACGUUGGGGAAAUCAGCGUCUGCCCGUCGCGCGCCUCAGGACCCUAAUGCUCUCUCAUGUUAUCAGAGGCUGUUAAUUCCCCUGCACUAGGCCCCAGCCAAGGGUUAUCUUCGCAUGCCAGGAUCGUUGAAACAUUACCAAGAGCCUAUGGAGUAACUCUGCAUCCUUUUACAGGGACAGCAUUAUCUUAAGGAAUCUGCUUUUACCAUUUUUGCAUGGGAUGCUGUGAUAUUUCUUCUCUGCUUUUUGAGAUAAGAAACGAUCAUUGUUUUGGCACCAGGAUCACAAAGAAUAUUUGCAUCAAAGAAUAACCUUUUUUUUACAUGUCAUCCUGGAAAAGAAUUGGCUUGUGAUGUUGCCAGGUACUCUGUAGCCUUUUCGUGCGCUUUAGAAACUUUUGCACUUGGAUUUUGCCUUGUGGGAAGAAAUUACCUCUAUGCAUUUUGCUGUGCCAAAAAUUUGUUUUGACCUAACAAACAGAAAUUUUGACCAGGAUUUGUGCCUCUUGGGGUAAACAUUCAUGCUGACAAUUUGUGGUAUGACUCUUUAGCACACAACAGUUACAACCACGUUUUGAUUGGAUCUGUAGCUUUCUACCUUUGGGAAGAAAAAACUGCCACUGUUGCCUGAUAAAUGGGAAUCUUCGGACUACUCAUCUGUGAUAUACUAGCCUACAAAAUCAUGCUUGUUCAUCAUCUCACUUUCUUUGAUCACGUUUUUGGAAAAUACACCUGAUAAUCAUCGAUGUCUAGAUACCACAUUGUCAUAGUCAAUUCAUCAGUCAAUGCUAAGACAUGAGUCUUUCUCUCAAGGGAGCACUUGGUAACACGGUUGACAUCUGUGCCCUUUUGAAAGGUCUUACUACUUAGCACUCCAGCCAACUGUGGGUUAAAGUUUUCAAGGCAGUAAUAUUGUUUCUGCCCCAUCUGUUUCUGCUGCCAAGAUGGCUUCUGUCCGGUUCAUGGUUACCCCCACAAAAAUCGAUGAUAUCCCAGGCCUGUCUGACACCAGCCCGGACCUCAGCUCUCGUUCUAGUUCCCGUGUCCGCUUCAGUUCCAGAGAAAGUGUCCCCGAAACAAGUCGCAGUGAGGGUGACUUCUCUAGAGCGACCACUUCACUGGCAACUGAAGCAGCUGAAACAGCUCCUGAAAAGGCAAACAGUCCUCGCACGGAUGUGGCUGAAGAUGUGAGUCAAACUUCCAUCACAGGGGAACAGUGUCAGCUCUUAGAUCCUGGGCACAAGAAAGAUCCAAAUGCAUAUCUCAACAAUAUCAACUAUGAAGAUGGAGAUGAAUUCUUUGAUAAAAAUUUGGCACUCUUUGAGGAGGAGAUGGACACUCGGCCAAAAGUGUCGUCCCUACUCAAUCGCAUGGCCAACUAUACAAACCUGAUGCAGGGAGCCCGUGAACAUGAGGAAGCAGAGAAUGUCCCUCCAGGCAAGAAAAAGCCCACCAAGACUCCACAGAUGGGCACAUUCAUGGGUGUCUAUCUGCCAUGCCUCCAGAACAUCUUUGGGGUGAUUCUCUUCUUGCGACUCACCUGGGUGGUGGGCACUGCUGGUGUGUUGCAAGCCUUUGCCAUUGUCCUCAUCUGCUGUUGCUGUACACUGCUGACAGCUAUCUCCAUGAGUGCCAUUGCCACCAAUGGAGUUGUGCCUGCUGGGGGAUCGUACUUCAUGAUUUCACGAGCACUGGGGCCUGAAUUUGGAGGUGCUGUAGGACUCUGCUUUUAUCUGGGCACCACCUUUGCAGCUGCAAUGUAUAUCUUGGGGGCCAUAGAAAUUUUCCUGAUGUACAUUGCCCCUGAGGCAGCAAUCUUCCAUAGUCAGGAUCCACUGAAGGAGUCGGCUGCUUUGUUGAACAACAUGCGGGUGUAUGGCUCAGCCUUUCUGGUGGUUAUGGUGCUGGUGGUGUUCGUGGGCGUGCGUUACGUGAACAAGUUCGCCUCUCUCUUUCUCGCCUGUGUCAUCGUCUCCAUCCUUGCCAUCUAUGCUGGUGCCAUCAAGUCAUCCUUUGCACCUCCCAGUUUCCCUGUGUGUAUGCUGGGGAACCGUUCCCUCUCCCAACACCAGAUUGACAUAUGUGCUAAGACUGAGGAGCAUGACAAUGCCACGGUACACACUCGCCUGUGGGAGUUCUUCUGUAAUUCCACCAAACGCCUCAAUGGCUCAUGUGAUGAUUAUUUUCUACACAACAACGUUACUGUUAUCCAGGGCAUUCCAGGAUUGGCUAGUGGCAUUAUUGCUGAGAAUCUUUGGAGCAGCUAUCUGAUGAAAGGGGAGAUCAUUGAGAAACCAUCAUUGCACUCAGUUGAUGCUGGCGGAGCCCUCAAUCAGCAGUAUGUGCUGGCUGAUAUCACCACUUCUUUUACCCUUCUUGUGGGCAUCUUCUUCCCCUCAGUCACUGGAAUCAUGGCUGGAUCAAAUCGUUCUGGGGAUCUAAAGGAUGCCCAAAAAUCUAUUCCCAUUGGAACCAUCCUGGCCAUUCUCACCACUUCUUUUGUGUAUCUUAGCAAUGUAGUGCUGUUUGGAGCUUGUGUGGAAGGUGUUGUACUGAGAGACAAGUUUGGUGACUCAGUGAAGGGGAACCUGGUAGUAGGGACACUGUCCUGGCCCUCUCCUUGGGUCAUUGUCAUUGGUUCAUUCUUCUCCACAUGUGGAGCUGGGCUGCAAAGCCUCACUGGUGCACCCCGACUGUUGCAGGCCAUAGCUAAGGACAACAUUAUACCCUUUCUGCGGGUAUUUGGCCAUGGAAAAGCCAACGGAGAGCCCACAUGGGCUUUGCUCUUGACAGCAGGCAUCGCAGAAUUAGGGAUCCUUAUUGCCUCUUUGGAUAUGGUUGCUCCCAUCCUUUCCAUGUUCUUCCUGAUGUGUUACCUCUUUGUCAACCUGGCCUGCGCCUUACAAACCCUACUGCGUACCCCCAACUGGAGACCACGCUUUCGGUACUACCACUGGGCACUCUCCUUCAUGGGCAUGAGUAUUUGUGUAGCACUCAUGUUCAUUUCCUCAUGGUAUUAUGCCAUUGUCGCUAUGGUGAUAGCUGGAAUGAUCUACAAAUAUAUUGAGUACCAUGGGGCUGAGAAGGAGUGGGGAGACGGAAUCCGUGGCCUGUCCCUGAGCGCAGCCCGCUUUGCCUUGCUGCGCCUUGAGGAAGGGCCACCCCACACCAAGAACUGGAGGCCACAACUGCUGGUGCUGCUGAAGCUGGAUGAGGACCUACACGUGAAGCAUCCACGCCUGCUCACCUUUGCUUCCCAGCUGAAAGCUGGCAAGGGCCUCACGAUUGUAGGUUCUGUCAUGGUGGGCAACUUCCUGGAGUGCUACAGUGAGGCACUGGCAGCUGAGCAGACCAUCAAGCAUCUGAUGGAGACAGAACGAGUGAAAGGCUUCUGCCAGAUUGUGGUGGCUGCCAAGGUGCGAGAGGGCAUCUCCCACCUCAUUCAGUCCUGUGGGCUGGGUGGUAUGAAGCACAACACUGUAGUGAUGGGCUGGCCCAAUGCCUGGCGCCAGAGCGAGGAUGCCCGUUCUUGGAAGAACUUUAUUGGCACAGUCCGGGUGACUACAGCUGCCCACCUAGCCUUACUUGUGGCAAAGAAUGUAGCCUUCUUCCCUAGCAACGUGGAGCCCUUCCCUGAGGGGAACAUUGAUGUUUGGUGGAUUGUGCAUGAUGGUGGAAUGCUGAUGCUACUUCCCUUCCUUUUGAAGCAGCACAAGGUGUGGCGUAAAUGCAAAAUCCGCAUCUUUACAGUGGCCCAGCUGGAAGACAACAGCAUCCAGAUGAAGAAAGAUUUGGCAACAUUCCUGUAUCAUCUCCGCAUUGAGGCAGAGGUGGAAGUGGUGGAAAUGCAUGACAGUGACAUCUCUGCCUAUACAUAUGAGCGCACCCUGAUGAUGGAGCAGCGCUGCCAGAUGCUGCGACAAAUGCGUCUGUCUAAGACAGAGCGAGACCGAGAAUUCUCACAGGCUCAGCUUGUGAAAGACAGGAAUUCUAUGUUGCGGCUGACCAGUAUUGGCUCAGAUGAUGAUGAAGAGACUGAGACUUAUCAGGAGAAGGUGCACAUGACAUGGACCAAGGACAAGUACAUGGCAAACCGUGGACAGAAACAGAAGACACUGGAGGGUUUCCAAGAUCUCUUAAACAUGCGCCCGGAUCAAUCCAAUGUGCGACGUAUGCACACAGCUGUCAAGCUCAAUGAGGUUAUCGUGAACAAGUCCCAUGAGGCUAAGCUGGUGCUACUCAACAUGCCAGGUCCACCACGCAAUCCUGAGGGUGAUGAGAACUAUAUGGAAUUCCUGGAGGUCCUCACAGAGGGGUUGGAGCGAGUACUACUUGUGCGAGGUGGUGGCAGUGAAGUUAUCACCAUCUAUUCCUAGAGGCAUGGGAGGUCUUCCUCCUGAUGGACUUAGUUCUGUCAAAUUGACAUCUGCUUCCUGCCUGUUACCACCUGCUACUUGAUCUCCCAAGAAGAGCAGCUAGCAGUGCCACACCACCUUUGCUUUCUUUUCCAGUGGCAAUUGGGGGCUUAAGAUAAGGUGAUUUUUCUCCUUUUGGAGGAGGGAAUGUUGACAUUCCCUCCUAUACUUCCAUAAGGUUAAAGGUACAUGCUAGGAACUACGUACGCUUUUAGACUUGAGUGGGAGAUGGCUCAGUCUCUUGCCAAGAAAUAUAGGAGCUAGUGAGUCAGGUACUAAUUUUGCUGGGGGUAAAAGGAGCAAAAGAGCAGGGAGAAACUCACUGCUUUGAUUUUCUAGUUGCCACUGGAACUCUUCGCUAAACAAGAAUAAGGCAACAGAAUAUUUCAUCUGGAUGAGCAGCUACAUGCCACUGUCUAUUAAGAGACAGAAAGGGGGAAGAGAGAUGCAGCCUCCAUUGUGCCAUUCUCUUUUGGUCAGUGCCAAAGUCUUUCUCUAUCUUUCCCUCAACACAAAGGGAAGGGCAUUUAGAAAGAUGGAGCUGACUUCCUGAGUACUUACCCACUAUCCUAGACCUUUAUGGGAUGUUGUAUUCCCAGUUCACUGCUUGUUAAGGCAUGAUGGUGGUGGAUGGUUGAUUCAUUUAGCCAGAGUAGAAGUGGCAUACUGGUGAAGGAACUGUCCUGCCAGUCUUUUCCCCCUGUGGCUCUCACACUCCCUUCUAGUCAAAGAAGGUAGGAGUCUGUUUUACCCGGUGUUUGCAGAUAUUCUAUAAAAUGACUGAUGAGCAGAAGAAGCUGUACUAUCUAAUGGUUAUGUUGAGGAGGAACGUUUUCUCUUUCCUAACUUUAAAAGAGAGGCAAACAGCAGUAUCUUCUGACUUGCUUAACUGUCUUUGUGCUCCUGAACAGCUAUCCCAUCCCAAAAAUUGGGUAAGAGGGAAGUAACUCUAUAUCGAACUAUUAAGUGUCUCAGUGGUGAGGCUCCACAACUUGAUUUGUGUGUGUGUUGAGAAUGAGUCCUUCCUAUCCUGACAAAAGCAAACACGGAGAAAAGGUGGUGUCCAUAUUGUCCCUUUCUGUUUCAAUCAUGGAUGUCUAAAUCUGCCCAUGCCCUUGCUCACAAAUAGUAUACAGGGACCAUUCCCUUGAGAUAGCCUUAAAGCAGAUGCAUCUCUAGCCUCUCCUGUCUUAUUUUUAAAGGGAAUUUCACAUACUUUCCUCACCUUUUUCUUUUGGGGGAGACCUUAAUUUAUUGGGGGUGUGACCUUGUUUACAUAGCAUCAAGUUGUUUGUUUUUUGCUUCCUGAAUUAUGUAAAGAAUAAACAUUUUAUAUAUAA